UCCAAUUAGAGCUAAAAAACAGUAAAAAAAUAUUUUUAAAACACCAACAAUAUUUAACAAAAUUCAUGAAGCUUUAGAUAACAAUAUUUACAAAUUUUAUAUAUUUUUUUGUUGUGGUGUAAUUUGAUAAUUGGUUAUCUUGUAGAAUAUUCAUUGUUAGGCAAAUGGCCAUUCUUUCUUGUAGGUAAAUUGCUUGUUUUACGAUAUUUGAGACACAAGUUUCUUGUACAAUCAUAUAUACACAUAUUAACUAAAUUGUUCUAAUUUAUUCUACACCAAAGAUUUGUUAUACAUAAUUAGUAAUGCUAUUUUGGGUAAUAAUCUUUUAUAGCAUACAUAUCCUAUUAUCAUGCACUCCCAUUUGUCAUAACUCUAUAAAAACCUCUCCUUUUUACUUAUUCCAAAACCUCCCAUAAGCAUUAAAAAUUGUAAUAAAACUCUUUAUUGUCUCUUUUCUGCUAAAACAUUCCAAAUCUCAUUAGAAAAGAGACAAUAAUGGAGGAGUUCAUCAAGCUCAACCAUGGCACAAUCCUCAUAAUCACCUCAUCUCUAGUGCUACUACUCUUCUCAUCACCACUAGCUCAAUGCCACGUGGCAUCAUCACCAUCACCAUCACAAGCCCCACAACAAUCUCAAUCUCAAAACAAUCAUGACCAACAAUACUUCCACUCAACACUCCCCAAAAGAAGACCACACCACAAAUCAAACGACCAAGUCGACCUCAUAGCAAGCAUCAACAAAAUAUGCAGUGUCACACAAGACCCCAAGCUAUGUGCUGAGUCAAUCCUACCCCACGUGCGGGGUCACGUGGACCCUGUCAUGGCUCUCCAAACAGAGAUCAAUAUCUUCAUUGGGACCAUGGGAAAGGGCAUUACAGAGAUGAAAGCUGCUCUAAAGCACUCCUCAACAGGUACUACAACAGCAGAUUGCCUAAGGCUGUGUUUGGAUAUGUAUAGCACAGCUCGUAUGGACCUGAAACAAGCAUUACAGGCUAUCAAAUCCCAUGAUAUUGGACUGUUGAAUAGCCUUCUAAGUGGGGUUAUUACAAAUAUAGGGACUUGUGAUGAUACUGUCUCUGAGAGUGGUGAAGAGUUGCCUCUUGAUACUGAUUUGGUUAACACUAUUCAUAAGUUGGCUGAUAACUGCAUGGAUAUUUCUGCUGUGCUUCUUGUAUAA